GUUAGGUCACCUAAAAAACAUCGGAGCCGCGGCAGGGAAGUCGGCGUGGCUCUGCCUGCCUGUAGAGGACGCUCAGGCUCCGCAGGAACAGGGGGGAUGCACCUCUGGCUUUGAGCACUUUUUGACGAGGAAAGUGAAGUGAUUUGGUGAUGGCAAGCGGGGCGGCUACUAGGAACAAUUUGUCUUCCAAAUUCCGGACCAGCAUUUCAAUGAUCAAUCCGCCGGUGUGUUGACUUCCUUCCGGAUUCCGAUAGAAGCCAUCGUCUCGUGCGCAAAGUUACUGCUUUGACCGCUUCCUCCCGUUCCCCAUCAAGACCAUUUCGGUCGCUUUUGACCCCCUUUCGUCUUGGCUUACGACAUCGCCAUGUCCGCCUUCGGCAGUAUAAAUAGGAGCGGAGCAGCCGCCUGUCGCUUUUGCAUUGCCAUUUCCGCGUCGCGCUUUCUGAUCGCUUCUUCUCUUGCCCGCUGCGAAGCUGUUCGCCUCGUGCUCUGGGAUUUAGAGGAGAAUAACUGUUCUCUGGCAAUUACUAAUUCAAGGUUUUGGAGUUACUUUGAUGGGCUUAUAUCUUUCUUUGCUCUGGAGUGAAUGGGUUGAAGCCUUAUGGAACAAGAUUUCUGCUCCGAUAGAGAAGGUGAAUGAUGUUUGGUCCUCGAGCUGCACGAAAACUGAUAUCAAGACAACCAGAAGACAGGCCAACUGCAAACAAAAUGAGUCUCAUACUGAGACUAGAGCAAAAUCAUCUCUGAAAAAUUCAUUAAGCAUCAAAAUUUCAGUUCAGGAUGUGCCGGGAAAUAUUGUUCCAUUGAAGAAUCAGGAUGCGGAAUGUGUUCCAAGGAAACCUUAUUCUGCAGAGCAUACUGCAGCUGCUGUUAAGCUGCAAAAGGUGUACAAGAGCUAUCGAACUCGAAGAAAUUUGGCAGACUGUGCAGUCGUUGCCGAGGAAUUAUGGUGGAGUGCGCUGGAUUUUGCUUCUCUCAAACACAGCUCAAUUUCAUUUUUCAAUGGUGGGAAACCAGAGACAGCAGCUUCGCGCUGGGCUAGGGCAUUAACAAGGGCUGCCAAGGUCGGUAAGGGUUUAUCAAAGAGUAAGAAGGCACAAAAGCUUGCGAUCCGGCACUGGCUUGAAGCUAUUGAUCCACGGCAUCGAUAUGGUCACAAUCUGCAUCUUUACUAUGAUGUGUGGUCUAAAAGUGAAAGCAGACAGCCAUUCUUCUACUGGUUGGACAUUGGUGAUGGCAAAGAAGUGAACCUUGCAAAAUGUCCUAGAGACAAACUUCAGCAGGAGUGUGUUAGAUACCUUGGACCGAAGGAGAGGCAAGCUUUUGAAGUUAUUUUAGAGGACGGAAAACUUGUCUACAAACAAAGUGGAGCAUUUGUCAACACCACUGAAGGUUCUAAGUGGAUAUUUGUACUGAGCACAAUGAGGGUGCUCUACGUGGGCGAGAAAAAGAAGGGUUCAUUUCAACACUCGAGUUUUCUUGCUGGUGGAGCAACAAUAGCUGCAGGAAGAUUGGUUGUGAAAGAGGGUGUUCUAAAGGCUGUCUGGCCAUACAGUGGCCAUUACCUCCCAACAGAAGAAAACUUCAAAGAAUUUAUUAACUUCCUUCAAGUGAACAAUGUAGACCUCACUGAUGUCUCGAGACGUGCCACUGGCCCUGAGGAUGACUACCCUUUGCUGAAGGUAACCGGCAGCGAUUCAUCAACAGAUACCGAUAAGGACAUUGAGGUAUCAAGAGAAUCUACAACUCAGGAAGCAGGAAACUCGAGUGAAACUGAAGAAGAACAGGCUGCAAUUUCUCCUCUGGCCAAGUUCCAUGAAGGCUACAAAUCUGAUGGCCCUAUUGGGACGAUCGCCUCCCCCCACCAUCGGAAAUGGAUGACCGGAGCCAGCCCUCGAAUUCAGUGUGUUCGAAACUACCCUACGGAUCUCCAGGUCAAAGCACUGGAACAUGUCAACCUGUCGCCACGAACAAUCUCCUUGCCUAUCGGAAACAAUGGUCCAAUCCCCUCACCUCGUCCUAAUUUGGGCAUGAGGCUGUCCCUCACACUUGCUACAAGCAUGAGCCUUCCUGCUCCCACAAGUCACUGAGUCAUUUACACAGCCCAGGCAGAAAUGCAAAGAUCAAAGUCUAAUAGGAUGCACAUAACUUGCUCAUGGUCAGUUCGACGGAUGAACAGUUUACUAAUUGCUAUAUUUUACUCGCUUUUUUAUGUAUAGAUAUUAAGUGGCUAAGUUUUUUGCAGUCCAUUUUUUCCCCCUCUGAGGGAGAUAGAAAUUAGAGUUGAUGUAGAUAAUCCCUUUUCGAAUAUUAAAGAAAGAUUUUUUCGUGUGUUU